AUGGUGUCUGCACAGUUGACCCUUGUUCGGAGGAUCGUGGGGAUAUUAGGAAACGUCAUCGCUCUAUGCCUGUUCUUGUCACCAACGCCAACAUUUGUGAGGAUAGUGAAAAAGAAAUCAGUGGAGGAAUACUCACCAAUGCCAUAUUUGGCGACUCUCAUAAACUGUUCGGUUUGGGUUCUUUAUGGACUACCCGUGGUGCAUCCCGAGAGCACAUUGGUCCUUACAAUCAACGGUACAGGGAUCUUGAUCGAAAUCGUGUUCCUUACCAUCUAUUUUGUUUACUGCGGCCGUAAAAAACAGCGGUUGGUUAUAGCCGUUGUUUUAGCGGCCGAAAUCGUAUUUAUGGCGAUACUUGCGGCAAUGAUCUUCACUCUCCAACACAAUACCGAUCAACGGACAAUGAGCGUUGGAAUCGUAUGCUGCGUUUUCAACGUUAUGAUGUAUGCUGCUCCAUUGUCUGUCAUGAAAAUGGUAAUAAGAACAAAAAGUGUGGAGUUCAUGCCGUUUUGGCUAUCGGUUGCUGGGUUUUUAAACGCAGGCGUUUGGACAAUCUAUGCACUCAUGCCUUUAGACCCAUAUAUAGCUAUACCAAAUGGGAUUGGGUGUGUAUUUGGGCUGGCCCAAUUAAUAUUGUACGGUAUUUACUAUAAAAACACCAAGAAGAUAUUGGCUUUGUUUCAGAAACCCCCAAACAGUUUAGCCACCGAUCACAUUCGCAACGGUCAAAACAAUUUAGCCACCGAUCACAUUCACAGCGGUGAAAUCAAUUUAGCCAUUGUCCUUGCUCGCUGA